AGCCCCGAGCCCCGCCGCCACCAUGUUCCGCACGCUGGGCAGCAGCUUCGAGGACGACCCGUUUUUCUCUGACUCUUUCAUGGCACACCAAGGAAGUAUGAGGCAAAUGAUGAGAAGUUUAUCUGUACCUUUUGGAAGAGACUUUCACAGUGCCUUUGAUGGUAGAAGAAGAGCUCAGAAUCAUAUGGGACAUGAUGAUGGAGAAAAUUACUUUAAUCGUGCAGAUGCCAACCCUUUCCAGGCCAUGGACCGAAUGAUGGCAGAUGUGGGAAGGAGUAUACAAGAUCUGCAUAGAAACUUUGGCAAGCUCUCAAUGGACCCAGAUGGACAUUCUUUUAGCUCUUCCUCUGUUAUGACUUAUUCCAAAGUCGGAAAUGAACCACCAAAGGUCUUUCAGGCCUCGACUCAAACCCGAAGGGCUCCAGGAGGAAUCAAGGAAACUCGGAAAGCAUUAAGAGAUUCUGACAGUGGAUUGGAGAAGAUGUCUGUUGGUCAUCAUCUCCGUGACCGUGCUCAUGUUAUUAAGAAAUCAAAGAACAGCAAGACUGGAGAUGAAGAGGUCAACCAAGAGUUCAUCAAUAUGAAUGAGAGUGAUGCUCUUGCAUUUGACAAUGAGUGGCAGAGUGAAGUGUUAAAGUACAGACCAGUGGGACAGUGCCGCAAUGUUGAAAAUGGCCGGGUGCGAAGUGUUUGUCAUGAUAACUCAGGAUCCCGAGAACUCAAAAGACGGGAGAAGCUUCAUCCAAAUCUCAACAGUGAAAGGGGAAGAAUAGCGGGUAUUGCUGCUGACAGACUCAAUGUCCAAGGGUCAACUGUGAAGAUCAACAAGAAAUAAGUAACCUCGCCUUAGUUUGGGUUGAUUUAACAGAGAGUAAUGGUGCUGGAAAAUCCUAAGACCAAGUUUUAGUUGAUAAAUCAGUUAUCUGUGCUUAACAACUUUGUUCUGUUCCUAAAUGUUUUUGAAAGUGCUAGUUUAGAUUACCCUUACUUCAGAAAUAAACUUUGGUUUUCAACUAUGGAAGUAAAUUG